GGGAAAGAGGAGGAGGUGGUGGAGGGUCGAAAGAAAGGAGGGCGGCCGAGGUGGGGUCCAUGUGUGCACGUGGUGGUCGGCGGUAAUUUUUAGAGGCACCGGGACACACCGAAGAUGUUGGCAUUCGUUCCAAACAUCUCGUGGUGAUAGCGCGCGUGUUGCUCAGCUCUCCUCGUCCCUCCGCCGCCAAACAUUUUCUUAAGAUUCUCUCCAUCUCCGCUCAUUUUUAUCGUUUUGUUGUUUUGAGUUUGAUUCGGUUCCGAAAUCAAUUUCCUUGUUUUAAUUCACUUGGCCAUCCGGCAGUUGCCUGUCUCGUUGUCAGUCGUUUCGGUUUUUGAUCGAGUCAAAUUAUUCGCCAUUUGGUUGUUUGUUUUUCCGAGUUGGGUUUGGGUCGAUCCUUGUGGCGUGGAUUGCAACUUGUCAGUGAUUCGUCAAGACUCUGGUUAUUCUAGUUGAAGGGAAGAGAAAUGCCGAAAUCGUUCCUGUUUACUCAUCGGCGUUACAACGUCAGUCCCGUUCCGACCGAUGAGGCUGCGACGUCGCUUGCAUCACCGCAGAGGAAUGGCAAAGAUGACGUCGUCCCAGUGGUGAAACAAGUUCAAAAGUUACAACGCCACAUCCAGCAGCAACAGCAGCCGCAACAGAGAAGGAGCAAUCCAGCAUCCAGCGGCUAUCCAGCGUUCCCUCUAUCGCCUGGACAAGGAUCGAUUGCCGAGCUCAAAUCGCCCGGUCGGCCGCAGUCGGCCCGCAUUUCGCCCGUCAUCGGGAGCAUCCCCAUCGUUCCAGCCGUGGCUCCCAACGGCCGCCUGGGCCUCCACCAGCCACAGCACACCAAUAAUGCAGCAGCCAUUCCCGAGGAGAUGUACAAUCUCUUCCAGCUGGCCGAAGUCAGUCUGGCCGCUUCCGGCGGCAGUGAAUUCCGCUCGGUGCUGGAACGCUGGAGACACCAGCAGCAAGGACUGGUCAUGGCCAGGGCUCUCAAAAGUCCCGUCGUCAAAAUCCUGGACAUGUCGGCAGCCGCCGCCGCCGCCAAUUGUGUCGGUCACUCACCGAUUCCGGUGCUGGAUAAACCGCUGGAUCUGAGCCGAGAUCCGGCCACAAUAACGACGGCCACCGCCGCUGCGACGGAAGUGCGGAUCUUGACGCCUUCGCCGUCGCCAACUCCGUCCGAGACUCACCUGACCAUCAAUCUCGGAUUGCGCAAGAAAUUACGGCCGCAGCAGACGACUUCGUCAUCAUCCGGCCAUCGCGGCUCAUCCGAGGCGGAUGACGACGAUGAGGACGACGAUGAAGAGGACGACGAAGAAGAUGAUGAAUUGGAUGCCACGGAUUCUUGCUGGUCGCCCGAUGACGUCGCCUCCUGCAAGUCCGUCUCCGUCGUCGUCAAGGGCCCAUCCAUCAGCACCGGCAGCAACAGCGGAGACAGUCACAGCGGGCCAGACGGCCACGAAUGUCCCGAUUGCGGCAAGCGCUACAGCACGUCGUCCAAUCUAGCCCGUCAUCGGCAAACUCACCGAUCGCCAGCUGAUCAAAAGGCGAGACGUUGUCCUCAUUGCGAUAAAGUUUACGUUUCGGUUCCGGCUUUCUCGAUGCACGUCCGAACCCACAGUCAAGGAUGCAAAUGCCCCUAUUGUGGUAAAUCGUUCUCCAGGCCGUGGCUCCUGCAAGGCCACAUCCGAACUCAUACAGGCGAGAAGCCGUUCACCUGCCAAAUUUGCGAGAAAGCUUUCGCCGACAAAUCCAAUCUGCGCGCCCACAUCCAGACUCAUUCCAAUUUGAAGCCGUUCACGUGCCAGCGCUGCGGCAAAGCCUUCGCUCUCAAAUCCUAUCUCUACAAGCACGAAGAGUCGUCGUGCAUGAAACUGGUCACCAAAAUAACGGCCGACGCCGAUCCCAAAGACGAUUCAACCAGUCAGCAGUCAAUAACCGAAUAGCCCUCGUCAUCAUCAUCUCUUCAAAAUAAUAGUACACACCUAUUAACUUCAAAGGAUAUUAUUAUGAUUAUUACAUAACACUUAUAUAGUCACGUAGCUCGGCUGUUCGCUAUUUUUUUAAGACAAAGAAAGACAUGAAGAAAUUCAGAUUUGGAUUCUACUGUACAGCCAGUGUCAACACUUAUUGAUAUUAGAUAGUAGACGUGUGUGUGCGGUGUUUCAUUUGUUUCAGAUAUACUUAGUAUGUUGAAAUAAUCAGACGAACGGCUAGGCACUCCAAAGAAGAAGAAAAAAGGUUUUUUUUUUAGCAAUCAUUCGUCAGCUUUAUUCUUCCCCUCCCGUGUUUGUUUUGUGGCCUCAAUGGAGAGGGGAAGGAGAAUCAAAGCUGCACUAGAUGAAUCAUUUUUCUAUUUUGAAAAUAUCCUUUUGAUACAUGUGCAUUUUUAUUUGACAGCAUUUUGAAAUAUCCAAAAUUUUUAUUUUUCUUGAAUUUGAUAAUAGUGAGGGAGUCAAAGAACGACAUCAGAUUAUUAAAUAUGAUCAGCCCUAAAAAUAUUGAAUGACUAUUUGUAGGGACCAUUAAAAUUUCUUUAUUCAUUUGAUCGGAUUCCACGCAAGUGUAAUCGCGCCAACAUAGUGCCUCAGAAUACUGCAAUCCAAAUAUGAUAUAAUAAUUAUUACUAGAGCACUUUUCCUUACGAAAAGAGAGAAAUAAAAAUGCAGAAAAAAAUUAAAUAAACAGUUUAGUUUAUUUCCCGGCCCUUUGGGCGGAAUGAAACGGACAGGGACGAGACCUUCUAAAUCAGUUACAAAAAAGUGUAUGCAAAUUAUUAUGACCCAAGUGCCCUUUUCAUUCAUUCAAAAUAUAGUGAUGGUAUUGAAACAUUUCAGAAAUUCAUAUUUAAUAUUUGAUGGAUCAAGUACUUAUAUUUUUCUCUUCAUUUUCUUUUGGGAAUAAAAAUGUUGCCUUCCGGAAUUGAGGAUUCGGAUACCUAUAUGAUAUCGCGCACAUGGAUUCUCGGUUCGCUUGUUUUUUUGGUUUUGUUGACGGAUAGUUACAAAUAAGGAUAGAGUCCUUUUACUUUUUCUUUCAGUGUCAAAUAUUUUGUUGGGUAUAGCCAUCUAGUCUUUCUCUAAAAAAAAAAAACAAACAAAAAACAAAUCAACUCAGCGGUGGGAAAUUCAAAUCGUCGAACCGAGUAAUGCCGAAUUCAAUUUUCUUUCUGUGCCAAAUGAAGGACAAAAACAAUUCACUCAAUAUCCUCUUGAUAUUUCUGUUUUAUAUGACUGUCUCGUCCUCUUAUACUCCUUUCUUCACAAUGUAACUGAUGAGCGACGACUCUUUUUUCUUUUGGAAAUAAUUCGAUAAUAAACAGAGUUUUCAAAUUAAA